AUCCACCACUCGGCAAACGACCGCGCGUGUGUAUGUGUGUGUGUUGAUCACUAAGCAGCCUAACAGAUUAGUAGCACGUUGUGCGUGCGGGUCACAUUGCGUCUUUGACGGCGAUCUUGAGGUCAAAGCGGGUUCGUCCCUCAGCCGCCAAUCAGAGCCGAGGCCGCGGGUGACACUCGCGAACUGCGGUCGGCUUUUGAGACCUCGUUGGGGUUUCGAAACGAUUUGGAGUCGGGCUUCGAGCGAAGGUCGCCGGUGGUGGGAAAUGGUGAUUUCCUCGGUAUGUUGCGGGGAGGGAUCGCUUGAAAAUGUCAACGCUGAAAGUGUCGCAUAUGGACAUUUUGUUUCACCUUUGUGAUAUGGUGGCAGUUGACAAAUCGUUAAGACGACGGGUGUUUCGUUUCAGUUCAUCAAGAACGCUCAAGACCCUUUCAGCCCUUUUUUUUGGUUCCCGCGGGCACAUUGCCACUCCCAUGGCGCGAGAGCCACGCUUCAAGUCCUUCCUUCGAACAUUUCACACAUUCGUCGUCAAGGCAAUCCCGAUGGACGGAGCGAACCGUGAUACGCUUCUAGCGUAACGCUAAAGACAAAAACGGCAAAGACGCGCAAUGGUUGCGACACUUUGACAAAUUCAACAUAUUUGUUCAUAUCUGAGUAGUAACGAUGGCCGCCUCAUCAUCGAUCCCUCCGGUGUAUUGCAACAAAAUGAACGGUGAAGACGUUGGUAGAAGAAACAAAAACAGGAAGCGGUCGGACGCUGAGAUGCAUUUGUGUUCGUUUUGACGGGAAAGACGAGAACAUUGCGAUAGAUCCAAAAUGUCACCAGCAACUUCGCCAAACAUUUGAAAGACGUUUUGGCCAAAGGGUUGCUUGACUGACAACCGGCGUCAAUAAGUGUGACAGUUUGACAGUUGGCGGCUGCUGCUGGCCCUUUAAGAGGACUCGAAAGCCGAUUAGCGCUCAUCCCGCCACCGACAUUCCGCCCGCGCGCGCGCUCGCCUCACUUUGGUCUUUUUUCUCGUCCUCGCUUCGUUGCCGUUGUUGUUGUUUGCAUUUUUGCUUUAAUUUCCACUUCCGGGCGCGCCGCGGGCCGUCGGCGGCGGCGCGCCUCCGCCGCGCGGCCGGUCCCCAUGCAGAAGAGCGUGCGCUACAACGAGGGCCACGCGCUGCGCCUGGCGCAGCUGGCCCGCACGGAGGGCGCCAAGCGCGGCGUGCUGAGCAAGCGCAGCUCGGAGAACGUCCGCUGGAGCGACAAGUUCUUCGCGCUGCACCACAACCUCCUCUUCUACUUCGACGGCGAGCACAGCGCGCGCCCGUCGGGCAUGUACCUGCUGGAGGGCUGCACGUGCGAGCGCGCCCCCGCGCCCGAACUGGCCUCGCUCGACAAGUCGCAGCACUACUUCCUGGUGUUGUUCGGCCAUGACGGUCAGAAGCCUUUGGAGCUUCGAACGGAGGACGAGGCCGACUGUAACGAGUGGGUGGACUCCAUACAGCAGGCCAGCUACUCGGACCUGAUCGUGGAGCGCGAGAUCCUGAUGCAGAAGUACAUCCACCUGGUCCAGAUCUUGGAGACCGAGAAAAUCGCAGCCAAUCAGCUCCGCACGCAGCUGGAGGACCAGGACACCGAGAUCGAGAGGCUCAAGGCCGAGAUCGUGCUGCUCAACAGGAGCAAAGAGCGCACGCAGCCCAGCCAGAACGUCCUGGACGAGGAGGACCCCGACAUCAAGAAGAUCAAGAAGGUGCAGAGCUUCAUGCGCGGCUGGCUGUGCCGGAGGAAGUGGAAGCUGAUCGUUCAGGACUACAUCUGCUCUCCGCACGCCGAGAGCAUGCGCAAGCGCAACCACAUCGUCUUCAACAUGGUGGAGGCCGAGAGCGAGUACGUCAGCCAGCUGUCCGUCCUGGUCAACUGCUUCCUGCGUCCGCUGCGCAUGGCCGCCAGCUCCAAGAAGCCGCCCGUGAGCCACCACGACGUCAGCAGCAUCUUCCUCAACAGCGAGACCAUCAUGUUCCUGCACCAGAUCUUCCACCAGGGCCUCACCGCUCGCAUGGCCAACUGGCCCACCCUCGUCCUCGCGGACCUGUUCGACAUCCUUCUGCCCAUGCUGAACAUCUACCAGGAGUUUGUGCGCAACCACCAGUACAGCCUUCAGGUUCUGGCCAACUGCAAGCAGAACCGCGACUUCGACAAGCUGCUCAAGCAGUACGAGGCCAACGCCGCCUGCGAGGGCCGCAUGCUCGAGACCUUCCUCACCUACCCCAUGUUCCAGAUUCCUCGUUACAUCAUCACGCUUCACGAGUUGCUCGCGCACACGCCGCACGAGCACGUGGAGAGAAAUAGUUUGCACUUUGCCAAGUCCAAACUGGAAGAACUCUCCAAGAUGAUGCACGACGAGGUGAGCGACACGGAGAACAUCCGCAAGAACCUGGCCAUCGAGAGGAUGAUCGUGGAGGGCUGCGACAUUCUGCUGGACACCAGCCAGACCUUCGUCAGACAAGGUUCGCUCGUCCAGCUGCCGUCGAGCAGCGAGCGCGGGAUGCUGAGCAAAGUGCGUCUGGGCUCGCUGUCGCUGCGCAAGGAAGGCGAGCGCCAGUGCUUCCUGUUCACCAAGCACUUCCUCAUCUGCACCAGGACGUCCGGAGGCAAGCUGCACCUGCUCAAGCAAGGAGGCGCGUUGUCGCUCAUGGAGUGUACGCUCAUCGAGGAACUGGACGCCAGCGACGAGGACUACAACGCGGCGGGACAAGGGUUCAGCCACGCCGAGUUCAAAAUGGUGGUGGAGCCCCCCGACGGCCAGACGUUCUCCGUGGUCCUGCUCGCUCCGUCGCGCCAGGAGAAGGCGGCCUGGACCAGCGACAUCAGUCAGUGCGUCGAUAACAUCCGCUGCAACGGGCUGAUGACCAGCGUCUUCGAGGAGAACUCCAAAGUGUCCGUGCCGCACAUGAUCAAGUCGGACGCCCGCCUGCACAAAGACGACGUGGACAUCUGCUUCAGCAAGACGCUCAACUCGUGCAAAGUCCCUCAGAUCCGCUACGCCAGCGUGGAGCGCCUCCUGGAGCGGCUCACCGACCUCCGCUUCCUGUCCAUCGACUUCCUCAACACCUUCCUGCACACGUACAGAAUUUUCACCACGGCCGCCGUCGUCAUCCGCAAGCUGGCGCACAUCUACAGGCAACCCUUCACCUCCAUACCCGUCAGGAUCGAGCAGCACUCGUGCGACCGUCUGUCCAUCAUGUCUCUGUGUCCCGACUACACUCUGAAGAUCACUCGGCUGGCUCUGGAUCAGUCCAAGUCCCUGGAACUGUUCUUCGCCGCCAACCAGGGCUCGUGGGGCACGGACCCCCUGAACAACAAAUCCCCGCGCCUGUGCCGCAAGUUCUCGUCGCCGCCGCCGUUGUCCCUCCCGUCUCGCACGUCUUCGCCUGUCCACACGCGCAAGCUGUCCCUCAGCUCGCCCGUGGGCCCCAAAGUUCUGGACCUUUCCUCCACGCCGUCCUCCUCCGCCGCCAGCUCCCCCACGUCCACGCACGGCCCCGGCCUCUUCGCCUCGUCCUCGCCGCCGCCCCACGCCGCCGCCCCGUCCAGGACGCUCUUCGGCUUCUCGUCCUCGCCGCCGCCCACCGUCACCAAGGCCCCCCUGGAUCUCAGUCGCGGUCCCAGCUCGCCCGAACUCAGCCCGGGCGGCGAGGACGUCGGCGGCGGCGAACUGCCUCGCAUCGACGCCUUCUGCGGGAAACUGAGGAGAAGCAUCCGCAGAGCCGUGCUGGAGUCAGUGUCUCUGGACAAAUUUAUUCCGGAAUCUCCCACCGCCGCCGGCAGCAGCAACGAGUCCGGCGACGUGUCACCGUGUCGCUCGCCGUCCACGCCGCGACACCUGCGAUACCGCCCGGCGGGAGCGUCUUCGGCGGAGAACGCUCGCUGCGCCGUGUCGCCCGCGUCGGCCUUCGCCAUCGCCACCGCCGCCGCCGGACACGGCAGCUCCCAGGCGUUCGGAGGCUCGGAGAAGUCGUGCGACAAAGAGUUCAUCAUCCGCAGAGCCGCCACCAACAGAGUUCUCAACGUGCUGCGACAUUGGGUGUCCAAACACUCGCAGGACUUCGAGAGCAACAGCGAGCUGAAGGUGGGCGUGGUCAGCCUCUUGGAGGAAGUUCUUCGGGAUCCUGACCUUCUGCCGCAGGAGAGGAGAGCCACCGCCAACAUCCUCAGCGCUCUUUGCCAAGAAGAACAAGACGACACUCAGCUCAAGCUUGAGGACAUUCUACAAAUGAAAAGUUGUCCGCUUCUCCACUUCAUUGCGGCGGAAAGUCCAAAAGCAGAGUGUUUGGCGUCUUUGUCUGCGAUGGAGCUGGCCGAGCAGAUCACCUUGUUGGACCACAUCGUCUUCAGGAGCAUUCCCUAUGAGGAGUUCCUCGGUCAAGGCUGGAUGAAGGUGGACAAGACGGACAAGACGCCUUACAUCAUGAAAACGAGCCAGCACUUCAACAACAUGAGCAACCUGGUGGCGUCGCAGAUCAUGACGCACGGCGACGCGGGCUCCCGGGCGGGCGCCAUCGAGAAGUGGCUGGCGGUGGCCGACAUCUGCCGCUGCCUCAACAACUACAACGGCGUCCUGGAGAUCACCUCGGCGCUCAACCGCAGCGCCGUCUUCCGCCUCAAGAAGACCUGGGCUAAAGUCUGCAAGCAGACCAAGGCGCUGAUGGAUCGUCUGCAGAGGACGGUCUCGUCUGAAGGACGCUUCAAGAACCUCCGAGAGACGCUGAAAAACUGUAACCCUCCGUGCGUUCCCUACCUGGGCAUGUACCUGACCGACCUGGCCUUCAUCGAGGAGGGGACGCCCAACUUCACAGAGGACGGCCUGGUCAACUUCUCCAAGAUGAGGAUGUCACAUCAUCCGAGAGAUCCGGCAGUUCCAGCAAGCUCCUUACAGGAUCGAGCACCAGGCCAAGGUGACUCAUUUCCUGCUGGACAAGACGCAGGUGAUGGAUGAAGACGCGCUGUACGAGCUCUCGCUGAAGAUUGAGCCGCGCGUACCGCCGGGCUAAGCUAAUGCUAAGUGGCUCACAUCUCGCGUUGCCUUAUGCUAGCCUGUUAGCACAACCGGUAGCCAGGCUAAUCCCUGCUAAUUUGGAUCAGGUGAGGCUUUGAUGUCCUGUUGCCUGGCAACCAACGCCACUGUUCUCCACCCGUCAAAGGAAAGAAACAAAAAAUAAUCUCUCCAAUUUGUGUGGGAACGGGCUGAUUAAAUUCUACUGGUUACCAUGGUCACCAAUCAGCUCAGGUGACAUCCUUUCAAAUGUGCGACGUCUUGCUGACUGGAACGUUAGCUUGAGUGUCACACAGUCAACAAAAACCAUGGGCGUGAUGUCACUUCCUGUAUGUCAUGGAUCCACUUGAUCACAUUUUGAGAUCACUUCCUGUAUGCAGUGGCGACACAGGACCACAAUGUGAUGUCACUUCCUGAGUUCAGUGGAAAUCUUUUCAAAGUGGAUGCACUAGAUCAUACUCUGACAUCACUUCCUGUAUGCAGCGGGCCACUUGAUCACACUGACAUGACUUCCUGUUGGCAGUGGAUCCACUGGAUCCCACAUCAGGACUACUUCCUGUGGGGUGGCUGACGCUAUGGUGUCACUUCCUGAAAGGACUGAGCCACUGGAUGACUGUAAUGUUAAUUUAGACGGUGGAUCCACUGUGACAACAUUUUCUGUAUGGAGCAGAUCUACUGGAUCACAAUGUGAUGUCACUUCCUGUAUUUGGCGGAUCCGCUGGAAUUCCACCGAAGUAACUUCAAAAGUGGAUUGCCGAGAUCACAGUGUGACAUCACUUCCUGGACACGGUGAAUUCAAGGGACCACAAUGUGAUGUCACUUCCUGGACACGGUGGAUCACGCUGUGACAAUUAUUUCAAGCCUGUGUUGCUUGUUAGCGACAAACUCGUUAGCUUAGCUUCUAAAAUUUUGUACACAAACUUUUGUACCCUGAACGUAAGUUUGCUCAUUUUACAAAAGAGAAUUGACCUCAAAGUUUUUUUUUUUUUUACGUCAUACAACAAUAAUACGGUAUGUUCCAUCAUCAUUAUUAUUCCUUAUCAAAAAUAUUGUCAGUCUAAUGUUAGUGACGUGUUAUAUUUAGUUCACUUUUGGAAUGUAUUAGUUGAGCAUUGACACCUUUGCACUACGUUGUCAUUUGAUAUCCUUGUAGUUUGACCGUGAAAACGUAUUGUUUAAUGUCGAUACUUCUGAUAUUUAUUCAUAUUUUAAUUGAUAUUAGCACCUGAUAUGUCUUGUUGUUUUCCAUUAACAUUGCGGCAAUAAAAGUCCUGAUAAAUAUGUGA